CCGGCAAGUGGGCAGCCUGGCAACGCUGUCACAAGAACAACCAGCUGUGCGGGUUAAAUUCUAUUGCGCAACAGUAGAGAAUCACAAAACACAAGAAGCACACACAGCCACAGACAGCCGUUCAAAAUGCAAAGCCCAAUUCAAAGGUUGGUGUACACAUUCGGUCAUCGCACCUGCAGCCAAUUGCCGCUGAUCGCAGCGAUAUCGAGCACAAAACCACCGACAAUGGCCUACUCUGCCCGCCAAUCCUCAUCCGUGCUGGCCACGGAGUCGUCCAACAAGGGUAUGAUCAUCCUAAACCGUCCCAAGGCGCUGAACGCCAUCAAUCUCGAGAUGGUGCGCAAGAUCUAUAAGCACCUGAAAAAGUCCGAGAAGACCAAGUCGCUGAUGAUCAUCAAGGGCACCGGCGACAAGGCCUUUUGCGCCGGCGGAGAUGUUCGUGCCCUGGUCGAGGCUGGCCCCACGGACGAGUCGAAGAGCUUCUUUCGGGAGGAAUACAGCACGAACGCCCUGAUCGGCAACUACAAGAUACCCUACAUCGCCAUUAUCGAUGGCAUCACCAUGGGCGGUGGCGUGGGACUGAGUGUGCACGGCCAAUACCGAGUGGCCACCGAUCGGACUCUGUUCGCCAUGCCAGAGACGGCUAUUGGCCUGUUCCCCGACGUGGGCGGCUCCUACUUUCUUCCCCGACUGCAGGGAAAGCUUGGACUCUACCUGGGACUGACAGGAUAUCGACUGCGUGGCGGGGAUGUCUUCUACUCGGGCAUUUCCACGCACUACUGUGAGAGCAGCAAGAUCCCUGAACUCGAGACGGCGCUGCUCAACUGUCCGGAUGCGGAUGAUGUGCCAGAGCUGCUCCAGAAAUUCCAUUCCACUCCAGAGAAACCCUUUUCGCUGCAACCCGUGCUGGAACAGAUCAACAAAAACUUCUCGGCGGACUCGGUGGAGGGCAUUUUGGAGAACCUCCAAAAUGACGGCAGCGAAUGGGCCAAAAAGACGCUUGAGACCCUCUCUAAGAUGUCUCCCACCUCGAUGAAGGUCACUUUCCGCCAACUGGAGCUCGGCUCGCAGCUGUCGCUGGCUCAGUGCCUCAUCAUGGAGUACCGUCUGGCCGUCCGUCAUCUGGAGUGCAGCGACUUUAAGGAGGGAGUGCGCGCCCUUCUCAUCGACAAGGAUCAGAAGCCGCAGUGGCAGCCAACCCAGCUGGCCGAUGUCACCGAGGAACAUGUGCAAUGGUUCUUCCGCAAACUGCCGGACACUGAGGAACUCAAGCUGUAAUGUAGCAGGCCUAGUUGUGUUUUUGUUUGAGCGUGCCAAUCCUAUUUGUCUUCCGUUACGCCGCUCAUUUUUAUGCACACACUUAUGAACACCUUUGUAUAUAACUUUGCAAGCUUGAGUUAUGUUAUGCAUGGUUCCUUGCCUGCCUUUUUUUUGCAAUAUUUGUUAUCUUUACUUUUACAGUUAUAUGGCCAUAUUUUGACGACUGCUGUCGCUUAAUUAUCCGCAAUCUCUUCUCUGUUUCAUUCCAACAGCGACUAACUUCGAGGGAAAUCCUUGCAACCGUCUGUAUUUACCAAUAACGAUCGUGAAAUUCAAUGCAUUUAUAUAUGAUAUACAUAUAUGCCUAUAUAUAUUAUAUACAAUUCGUAGUCCUAAUACAAUCAGUAAUUGUGCCUAAAGAAUCGUUAGAAUUCGUUUAACAAGAAUAAAGUGAAGUGUAUAUGUUUAAUAA